CCUUACUUCCCGCGCUACUAGGUGAACGCUGGCCUCGCGAUAGCCUCGCCUACUGGAAUCAAAGCCCCGCUCGAGAAGUGGAUGCUGACAAGCGGUCAUCAUGCAAAGGUUACACCGGAUCCCCUCCGUGGAGCCUCCGAGGAAGACGCUCAUCCGCAGGAUCCACCCGGACAACAACAACAACAACAACAUACGAGGCGUCUAGCGAAGCACCGAAGCCAAAUAAAGUCACGGUCAGCGGCCAUUUUUGGGCUACAGCAGGUGGGAAUCGAUGGACGACAACUCGGAGCUUCGUCGAAUUAUCGAGAGUGCGUACUUCGGCUCUGCUCGGCGGCAAAGUGCCUUGAUGAGUGUCCAAAGUAACAGUGGAAGUGGUGGUGGAAGUUUGGAGGCGACGCCAUCUUGGUCACAGCUCUCCUCCUCCCCAACGAUUUCUCAACAACAUAUAACGGCGACCGCAAAGAGCAAGGAAGGCCCCAUGGACGAGCUGCACAGCCUGGACCCCCGGAGACAGGAGCUGCUGGAGGCCAGGUUUACAGGAGCUGUGAGCGGCAACACGGGAGGCAGCGCUGGGAGCAUGAGUGGAGGUGCCAAGGGUCUGGCCAACGAGUCGUCCAACCACAGCUACGGGAGCCUUGGCUCGUCCAGCGACAAGGAGUCUGAGAACUCUGAUAUGAAAAGAGGGAGCUCCCCCGCCUACUCAACCCCAGAGAAGAAGCACUCGGAAUCAUCCAGAGGGAGGAAAAGGAAAGCUGACACCUAUUCGGAGAGCAGUCAAGGGAAGUCCUCUACUCGUGGGCACAAGAUCAGCGACUACUUCGAUUUUCAGGGGGGUAAUGGCUCCAGUCCAGUUAGGGGCCUGCCGUCAGCUCGCCGCUCUCCACAGAGCUCACACUCUGCACCAGGCUCAAUAAUUCGGCAGAACAGCUCCUCCCCCACCAGUUUGUGUUUUGCAGAACACAAUCCCAAAUCCAGUAAAUGCGUCCAGACAGACUUAACAGGACUGAAACUUGCUGCUCUGGAGAGCAACAAGAAUCUUGACCUGGAAAAGAAAGAGGGACGAAUAGAUGACCUUCUCAGGGCUAACUGCGACCUGCGGCGGCAGAUUGACGAGCAGCAAAAACUCCUGGAGAAGUACAAGGAGAGACUGAACAAGUGCAUUACUAUGAGCAAGAAGCUCCUCAUAGAGAAGAGCACCCAGGAGAAGCAGUCAUGCCGUGAGAAGAGCAUGCAGGACCGUCUCCGUCUCGGCCACUUCACCACUGUGAGACACGGAGCAUCCUACACGGAGCAGUGGACUGACGGAUAUGCAUUCCAGAACCUGAUUAAGCAGCAAGAAGGCAUCAACCAGCAGAGAGAGGACAUUGAGCGUCAGAGGAAGCUGCUAGCUAAGAGGAAGCCUCCAAACCCCGCAUCACCCUCCCUGUCUGUGGCCUCCACCUCUGAACCCAAACAGAGAAAGACCAAGGUGGUCAACGGCAAUGAUUCAGACCCCUUCCUCAAGCCGUCCCUGCCCCAGCUACUGACUCUAGCUGAGUACCACGAGCAGGAGGAGAUCUUUAAGCUCCGUCUUGGACAUUUGAAGAAGGAGGAGGCUGAGAUCCAAGCGGAGCUGGAGCGAUUGGAGCGCGUGAGGAAUCUUCACAUCAGAGAGCUGAAGAGGAUAAACAAUGAGGACAGCUCGGCGUUUAAAGACCAUCCCACUCUGAACGAACGCUACCUUUUACUGCACUUGCUGGGCAGGGGCGGCUUUAGCGAAGUUUACAAGGCCUUUGACCUGUUCGAGCAGCGCUACGCCGCCGUUAAAAUCCACCAGCUCAACAAGAACUGGAGGGAGGAGAAAAAAGAGAACUACCACAAGCAUGCAUGCAGGGAAUACCGGAUACACAAGCAGCUGGACCAUCCCAGAAUAGUCAAACUGUAUGACUAUUUCUCUCUGGAUACGGACACGUUCUGUACAGUGCUGGAGUUCUGUGAAGGCAACGACCUGGACUUCUACCUGAAGCAAAACAAGCUGAUGUCAGAGAAGGAGGCCCGCUCCAUCGUCAUGCAGAUUGUCAGCGCCUUGCGGUACCUCAAUGAGAUCAAGCCUCCCAUCAUUCACUACGACCUCAAGCCUGGUAACAUAUUACUAGUGGAUGGAACUGCGUGUGGGGAAAUCAAAAUCACAGACUUUGGACUGUCAAAGAUCAUGGAUGAUGAUAACUACGGCGUGGACGGGAUGGACCUCACAUCGCAGGGAGCGGGAACUUACUGGUACCUCCCUCCGGAGUGUUUUGUUGUGGGAAAGGAGCCGCCCAAAAUUUCAAACAAGGUGGAUGUCUGGUCUGUGGGAGUGAUCUUCUUCCAGUGCCUCUACGGGCGCAAGCCGUUUGGUCACAACCAGUCUCAGCAAGACAUUCUCCAGGAAAACACCAUUCUCAAAGCCACUGAGGUCCAGUUCCCAGCUAAACCACAGGCCAGCACAGAAGCCAAGGCGUUUAUCCGCCGCUGCCUCGCCUACCGUAAGGAGGACAGGUUCGACGUGCACCAGCUGUGCUCGGACUCCUACCUCCUCCCUCACAUGAGACGCUCAAACUCCUCCAGCUCCCUGCAGCCCCCUGCCUCAUCUCUCAUCACCUACUGAUUGGCUCGUUCAUUAUGAUUGACAGCAUCGUGUGGCUAAUCCUGGCGCAGGAUUGAUGGAAUGUGGAUGUGGAUAUAUAUCUUAAAAAGCAGAGAUCUUCCAGAAUGCAUCCGAGCCUAAUUAAAGGGAAAAGAGGAGCGAAUAGUAGGGGUUCGAUGCCGCUGAUUUCAGUAUGAAAGCAACGGAAAUAAGAGACCUGGGUGGGAAUGGGGCUUGUAGAUGUUUAUGGAUGUUAAUGGAACCUCUUAGAAGACAUUUGUACAGUUCGAAGACACCCUUGUUCAAGAUCGUCUCUUUUCUUCCAACUUCAUCACAUGACUCGGAGAAGCAGAAGAUUGAGUGUUCAGCAAAAAAUAAGGGAUUUUUUUUUUCUUCAGAAAAUAACACAUUUCCCUCAUGGAACGCAAAGAUAAGUAUGGGAAACUAUUUAAUUAGGAGGGUGACAGAAAAAUACGAGUUUGUUUGUUGACAAGUAUGUUUCCGUUUAACACAAAAGGAUGGUUGCAUCUCAUUGUUUAAAAAAAAAAAAUCCAGAUUACAAAUUCUGGUGUUGAUUUGCACUUCCCACUCAGAUUGUGACAUCCAUCCUGGUGUUGCCGUUUUUUUGUUCUGAAGCGCGACUGCAGCGUCCUCCGUCUGCAUUUUUUUUUUUUUUAGCUGUGUCGCAAACGUAGCCGAGGUUACAGAACAUAGAUGUGGAUUUUUAUGUCUCAAACCCCCAUUCUUGCUGUUUAUAGGAGAAAGUCCCACACCAGCCUGGAAGUGGGCUGGACUUGAACCCAGGACUGAACCUAAGACGGGGGUUCAGUGAACAUUUCUCACUAUCGACUUAUCUAAAAGAGGCUCGUCUUUGCUUCCCAUUGUCUUUCUUGUCUUUUCUUCUUCCAGAAAGCUGAUCUCUUUGCUGCUACACGUCUUGCUCUAACUUUGUAAUGUGUGAAUGGCUUUGGUCUUGAUUAUGUGUGAAACACUUCCCCCCCCCCCCCCCCCCCCCCCUUUUUUUUUUUUUUUGCGCCAUCGACAUCCUCGUGGAUGAUUGUGGAAAAGACAUGCUGACGAGUAGGAGAGGGAGAGCAGCUAGGUAAAUAAAUAUAAACAAAUAUACUAACUUUAUGUGAAGCCUUCUCAGGGCGGGUAAUCCAUUACGACUUCAUUCAAUUCAUGCUCAAAGACUAGAUAGGACGACUGUCUUAUCUGGUAGAGGCGUCACUUUGCUGUAUCGUAACGACUGCCGUUUUGUACUACAACAAAUUAUUGUACCUGAGAGCAGGGGUGUACAAAGUGUGGUACGGGGACCAUCCACGGCCCAUGGCACAUUUUAAGAUAGCAAAAAUUGAAAAAUCAGCAAUACAUUUACAAGAAUAAAGUCAAAAAAAAUUUUAUUUAAUGAGAAAGGGUGUUAAUUUUACAAGAAUAACAUUGUAGCAUAAUGUCGAAAUAUGAAAAUUCAUUUGGUAAAAUUAGCUUGCGGAAAAAGUUAUAUUAUGGGAACAAAUUAAAGGAAAAGUUGAAAUUGUUAGGAAAUUAAAAAAAAAAGUAAGGGAAAAAUAUAUGAUUAUAUGUUGAUGAGAAUAAACCUGCCCAAAAAAUGUUUAAAUAGUUAAAAUAUUUAAAUAGUUGAAAUAUUAAAGAAAAAAAAAGUUUGUUUGUCGUAAAGUAGUUGAAAUUUUUGGAAAAUUAGAAUGGAGAAAAAAAUAUAUAUUAUUAUGGGAAUAAAGUCAUAAUACAAAAAAUUAUGAAAAAAUUACAUUAGAUUACUCCAGCCAUUUUUCAAAAUCCGUCCCUUUCGGUACUGGCCAUUUUUGAUGAUUUUGACUGACACGGGAUAUUACCUUCUAGGGCUAUAUAGACAUGAUAUAUACAAAAAAAAGUAAUCUUCAAAAAAUAAGUCUUCAGUAAUCAGCACCAGAACUUAGGCAAGUUUCACAAAAAUAUAAAUCCUCAACAAAAAAUGUUUCUUUUUUGUAAAAAAAAUAGAUUUCAUGUAAAAGAUUUAAUCGUGAAAAUCACUUUAAUGCCCGAUACAAGUUAAUAAAUACAGCUAUUAAUAUAAAAGUUGAAGAAACAAGGCUUUUCCAUUACUCAAACUUCAUGUGUUGCAUCCCUGCCUUAGAGGAUAAAUACACCAUCCCCUCAGACAAGAGCUGUCCUAUCUAGUCUUGAACAUCAACAGUCCAGCUGUGAUGCAUUAAACGACCUGAGAAUACAAUGACCAGGAUGAAGUCUGUCAAUGACUAUUGACAGAUAUUUAUGUCAGGCUAGGUUGCUAAAUGUUGGAAGGAAAGUUGCAAACCCAGAGCAGUGUCCCAUUUUUAUUUUUGAUUUUUUUGGUGGUCAUUUUGUUAGAAGAAUUACAUGCAUCCCUCGUGUUCAGUCAGGAGCAUGGAGCGCAUACUUUAAUGACAUUUAACGUGUGUAGACGGACAUAAGCGCAGCCAUUUAGUAAGCGGCGUGUCGGACCAUAUUAGCGGGAGGGGAGGGGGGUGGGGGUCAACGCUUGGCCAUGCCAUUCAAAUGCAAUAAAGAUUGCCUUCAAUGUCUACAUUCCUGCAGUUUUUAGACUCGUGCUACCUCGCUGAAUGUGUGAGUGAUAAAAUGGCAAAAUUUAGACACAAAAAGUUUAAAUAGUAAAGAAAAAGUAUACUUAAAAAAAAAAAAAAGUCCUAAUUUUAUGAGAAACCAAACAGAAUAAAAUUAUAUGAGUAAAGUUGUAAAUAUGUUGGGGGGGCAGGGGAGUUAUACUCUAAUGGCAAUUGGAAAAAGUAUAAAGUAUUUUUAAAAAAGUAUAAAUUUUAUGGGACUAUUGUUUUAAUUUUACGAGAAAUUCAAAAUAUGAGAGAAAUAAUGUCAUUUUACUUGCAAUGAGUUGAAACAUUAAAAGAAAUGUAUUUUAAAAGUGGAAAUAUUAAUUAGGUCUCAAACUCUACCUUACCCGGGGGGUGGGUUAUACUCUAAAGGCAAUUUGAAAAAGUAUAAAGUAUUUUUAAAAAAGUAUAAUUUUUAUGGGACUAAUGUUUUAAUUUUACGAGAAAGUCAAAAUCUGAGAUAAAUAAUGUCAUUUUACUUGCAAUUAGUUGAAACAUUAAAACAAAUGUAUUUUAAAAAUGGAAAUAUUAGUUAGGUCUCAAACUAACUUACCUGGGGGGGGGGAAGUUAUACUCUAAUGGCAAUUAGAAAAAGUAUAAAGUAUAAAAAAAAAGUAUAAUUUUUAUGGGACUAAUGUUUUAGUUUUACGAGAAAGUCAAAAUAUGAAAGAAAUAAUGUCAUUUUACUUGCAAUGAGUUGAAAUAUUAAAGCAAAUUUAUUUUAAAAGUGGAAAUAUUAAUUAGGUCUCAAACUCUAACUUACCUGGGGGGGGGAAGUUAUACUCUAUGGCAAUUAGAAAGUAUAAAGUAUAAAAAAAGUAUAAUUUUUAUGGGACUAAUGUUUUAAUUUUACGAGAAAGUCAAAAUAUGAGAGAAAUAAUGUCAUUUUACUUGCAAUGAGUUGAAACAUUAAAGCAAAUGUAUUUUAAAAGUGGAAAUAUUAAUUAGGUCUCAAACUAACUUACCUGGGGGGGAGUUAUACUCUAAUAGUAAUUAGAAAAAGUAUAAAGUAUAAAAAAUGUAAUAGUAUAAUUUUACGAGAAAGUCAAAAUAUGAGAGAAAUGGUCAUUUUACUUGCAAUGAGCUGGAACAUUAAAGCAUUUUAAAAGUGGAACUAUCAAUUAGGUCUCAAACUCUAACUUACCUGGGGUCGGGGCUGGUGGGGGUUGAAUCUAGGCCAGGCUGGGUGGCAUUGAGCGUUCCCCAAAAUCCACCUGAGACCUGGCAGCAUUGCUUGUAGCAUUUCUGGCUUCCCAGCAUGCUGUGCAGCACAUCAUUGUAUAAAGUUGCUAAUAUACAAGGUUUGAGUUAACUGAGCUGCAACAAUUAAUCGUUGAUUAAUCAACAGCUAUUUUGGUAUUUGAUUUAUAGGUUGUUGUUUUUUUUAAAAUAAGCUUGACACCCAAGAUCUACGGCCUGAUUAUUUGAUUAAUCAAAACAAGCGUCAGAUUAAUCGACUAAUUAAUUGGUUAUUAUUCCCCAUAGUCAUACUGGUUGUACUGUAUGCGUUUACUUGUUACAUUCUUGUGUUUGCACAGUGACUGUGGUUAGUGUCUUAGCUACUGACUGAUGCCAGGAACAGAAGAAAAAGACACAUGGAGCAGACUUCCUGCUUGUCAAGGUGGACGGAUUGUGCCGGUCGCGUGGGGAUCCUGUGGAGGUAUCCGUAGCCAAUCCCGCAUCCAAGGCUGCAACAAGGAGGGACAUUUGAAUUUGAGGCACUAUUGGGCGUGAUGACCACCUCUCUGCAGUUGUCGGUGUCUGUGUUGUACACAUAAAGCUUCAGGCCCUUCCCCUCAUGGCUCUCUAUCAGCGAGAACAAAUCCUCAGACUGCACAGGAAGAAGACGCCAUCAUCAUCACCAGGUGAAGAAUACAUACACAACAUACAUGACUGCAUAUUUCACGUCGUGUACCAGCCCACCUCGUUCAUAACAGUGUCAGCUCCGAUAACGUAGUCGGUGUGUGGCCUCAAACCUGCAAUAGCUGCAGGGGAAUUGGGCUCCACUUCCUGCAUAGAGGAGCACAACAACAACAACAACAAGUGAGCGCCGAGCCAAACGAAGAAAACAGAUAGCGAGAUUUACAUACCAGAACGUGCCAAACAUUCUCAUUGGCGCCUUCAAAGCUGCAGAAGCGAAUGGAAACCCCAAGCAAGCCUUGGCCCCCCCACAGGUUACUGGGGGUGACUGUGGAUUCCCGCAGCUCCAGUGUCUUUGAGGAGUAAACCAGCAUCUUGACUGGUUUCUCUACGCUGGCUUUGAGGAGGUCCUUUAGGGUGUCGUUAUCCUUGUUCUGCGGAGGAGAGGCAAUCAGGGAAAGAUGUUUGCUAUCGCAGGCAAUGCCGACUUACCAGUCGGGUGUUAUUGAUGGAAACGAUGAAGUCAAAGAAAGGUUCCAGUCCUGCUCGGUGGCCUGGUGAGUUCUCCUGAACCUGCAAAACAAAAAAGAGGGACUAUCAAUCAAAACUUGUCUCUGGGUGGCUUGUGAAUCCAUCAUCAUGUGGAAAUAGCAGAAAUAAUACGAGUUUUUAAGCAUUUAAGGGGUUAAAAUUCAUCUUAAUUUACUGAAGUACUAAAUUAGUAUGGUUUAUUUUUUUGUCAACGACAUGCAAUCGUUCAAUCUCCGUAGCAUGUAAAUAUUUAUCAGUAACCUUUCAAAAUAUACGGAUAUAUGGUCCACAUAUGUUGACGUUCCCAAGAUAGGAGCCUUUAAUCAACCAUCUUGGCAUGUGUCAUUCAGUCUCUGCUGCGUAACGUGUAGCAUUCUAGCAACUUAGCAUAUUUUACUAGCUCCAAACACAACAUAAAAGCUGGUUUUGUGUUGCUCUAAACACACAAGGCCCGACAUUGACACCCCCCUUUCCUGGUCAACACAGCGGUUGGGGGAAAAUUAGCAAUGCUAGGCUAAUAGCUAAGAGCCGGAUAUGGACGUCUUCAAACUCACCCGGAGAACGUGGUAGCCUUCUGAGCCGCCUCCCGGUAUCUCCACGCUCUGUGUGCCUCCCAUUGUGCCGAUGUCUUGAAGCGGUUUGUUUUUUUAAUAAGGUUUAACUGCGGACUGAAUCCAGGGAACGGGAAAGUACCCGACUACUUGUACUCACCGGGUACACGUCGUCAAAUGAGUGGUCAUCUGAUGCGCAUGCGCUGUUACGUGGCAGGAAGUGGAAGGUCCCCGUUUCCACAUGGAGUGUUACUGGGAGAUGCAGUGAUGCUGAAUCAUAUUCUAUUCUCCCAUCGGAGCACAGCGAGAGCACGGAGAGGGGGUUAUGGUCAAUGGAGCAAAUGUGGGGUAAGAAUUUGCCGCUGAGGAGUGAAAACACAAAGAUGUGAGGAGCAUUUUAUGCAAGACAAGCUGACACACAGCCUGGAGAUAAAGAAAAUGCUUCUUUAGAUGAUGGAGCACAGACUUAACACAGAUAUACAGUAUGUAAAAAAACAAAACAAAACAGAAGACUCAACAACUUAAUGUGCUUUAACAUGAAUAGACUUUAUUAUUUGUAUUUAUUUUUUUUGCUAAAGUGCCUCCAGCGUAUCUCCUGUGAAACAUUCCUCUACAGCUGCUCAAAAACCAUACCGGUCACAUCCAGGAGUGGCUAUUUCAAUAUGAUUUAUGCAAUUGCACCAUUGACAUAAUGGUCCUCGGUUUACCAUCAAGGUUGUGUUAAAUAACUCUAUAGAAUACUGCAAGUCUACAACGUCCAUUUACAAUGGAGGAAAGGUGAACAUAGUGCAAAGACACAAACAGGAGCUCCUUGAACGAGAUAUUCCACUGAGCUCCCAUAAUACUGGGUAUACAGUUAAUAUGUAUUACAAUAAAUAUACUAUAUUACAGUAAAUGCAUUAGAAUUCUGACAUAUACGAGAGAGAUAGAGAGUACAUUCUCGCAUCCCUUGCACAUCCCCAACAAACAGCCAGACGUCUUUCUCCGUCCUGUCGCAAAGUCGCCGGUCAGUCACCUCAGACGUUCAAAAGACUCAAAAAUCACAGAAAAGAAGCGCACAAUAAAAAUUGCAUCGCCGUCGAGGGUGUCAAAAGACUACAUCUUACGAACAUCGAGUGAGUUACACACGAGGAAUCAUGACUCGCGCCGUUUACGCUCUGUUUUUCUCCUUUUCUUUGGCUGACAGUCACUAUAGAAUUCAUCAUGUCCUGUGAUUUACAUAUUACAAAUCAUCACCAUGAAGUACACAUGAAGAUACAUUAAAAUACCUGAAUUUCAAUCUCUUUUUUUUUUUAAUCUAUAUAUAAUCAAAUAUUACUAGAUAUUAUUUCAGAACACACACGGGUAUCACAUGAUUGCAUAUGAAAAAGAGACAAUGAGGCAACCGGCAUUUUUUGAGAUGUAAAAGUAUUCACAGCCAUCAUUUCAGUUGUAAUAUAUAAUGUUUGGGAACCACUUAUUACAUGUAUUAGCUAUGUCGUGUAUUCAUUAUUAUUAUUAUUAUUCACUAUUCAUUAUUAUUAUUCACUAACGAGCAUCCCUUCUUCAUCCGUGCUUUUACAUAUUCAACCACAAUCGACAUGAAAUGACACCAGAUUGAACACACGCAAUACAGGAAGUCCCCGCACGCAUCCAUUAGUUACCCGGAACUAUGUGCUCAUACGCAUACGGGUUUUUGGGGGCGGGAGGUUCGGGGUUGUCUUCCAGUCUUUUUGUUGAGUUUGCCGUCAAAAUACAACACAAAGAACAGCAUUGGUGCUUAAAAGGGGGGGGGGGGGGGUCUACAGGUCCUGACCCAGCC